AUGGGGCGGAGCCUGAACCGGCUGCAUCUGGAAUACUGGACAGGGCCUGAUGAUGGGGCGGGGCCUGAUCGGGGCGCAGGGCGUGGCCUGAACCGGGCCUUUCUGGGGGGACACCCACUGAGGGAAGAGGAAAGGGGACAGGCCGAGGAGGUGGAGACAGCCUUGUCCGUGAGCCAGCUGACACAACUGGCCUUCACUCUGACCCCUCACAACUCCAUAUCCAACAGAACAGAACCCUGGCCGGCCCCGCACGGACCUCCUCGCGUGCCGGCCCUGCCCCUCACAGCCCACCCUGGGGAAAUCGAGAGGCUGAAGGAACAGCUGGAGACGGGACAGGAGACGCGGGGGAUGACGGAGCCUCUGUGUCCCGGGGUGGAUGAGGUGGCCCGGCUGCGGACGAGUGUGGCCGAGCAGGCCCGGGCCCAGGCGGCCGGCGACGUGCUGUGCCGCUCGCUGGCCGAGGAGGCUCACCGGCUUCGGAGGACGCUGGCUGCCACCGCCAACAUGUGCCAGCAGCUGGCACGGUGCCUGGAGGAGAGGCAGCAAGUGGGCCAGGGUGAGGGAGGGGAGAGUGGCCCCCAGCCUCCGGCGCCCAGUGGGGACACCGUCGAGCUGGCGACACUGCGGGAAGAAAACCGACUGCUGAAGGAGAAGGUUGCUUAUGUGGAGGACCUCAAUGCCAGGUGGCAGCGGUAUGAUGCCAGCCGAGACGAAUACGUGCGGGGACUACAGGCCCAGCUUGGGGGCUCCCAGGCCCUGCACCCUCUCGAGGGGCCCCCCAAGACUGUGCUGCUCAGGAAGGAGAUCGCCCGGCUUAACCAGCAGCUGGAGGAAACUCUGGGCGAGUGCAUGGAAGCCCGGCGGCAGCUGGUGGCUACCCGGGAGGCCCGAGACGCAGCCCUGGAGCGGGGACAGGUGUUGGAGCAGCAGGCCCCCUGGCCUCCGUGCAGAAACCUGGGGCUGGGUGUGGGGGGUCCUUGGCUCUGUGGCCACCUGGAGGCUGAGGCCUUGGCUGGAGGCCGUUGGCAGAGUCAGAAGGCUCUGAGUGGCCAGGCGGAGGCCCAUGCCAUGGUCACUCGGUCUGCAGGUGGGGUGCCCUGCCGCAGCUCUGACAUAUGGGAGCCAGGCCACACUGUCCCUGAGAGCAGGGCUCCCCAGCACUUGGAGAUGGACGCCCCCGAGCCUGGAUGCCAGAAGUUGGUGUCCACUAAACUAGAGCCCCCCGCAGAGUCCAGGAGCGCAGGCACAGACCUCAAGAAUCAGGGGGACCUCCAGUGUCCCCACUGCCUACAGCGCUUCCAUGACGAGCUGGGCGAGGAGCUGCUCCGACACGUGGACGAGUGCUGCCAGUGA